AUGCACAACCUGAGGGUGACGGCAUCGAAGCGAAGACGCUCUUCGACGCCAUCCGCCCCACGGACCCUGCUUCCCAAACGCCUGCUCCCGCAAGUCCACGAAAACAUCUAUACUCUUCCCAACGCUUUAACCUUCACUCGCCUCGUCGCGGCCCCUUUGGUCGGCUAUUUCGUCCUCACUCACAAUCCAGUCCCGGCCGUCUGCCUUUUCGCUUACGCGGGAAUUACGGACCUCAUCGACGGCUACCUCGCACGACGCUUCCACCAACAGACCGUCGUAGGGACAGUCAUUGACCCCAUGGCUGACAAAAUCCUGAUGACCACGUGCGUCGUCACCCUCACGCUCAAUGGGACCCUUCCGAUCUGGCUCGCGGUGAUAGUUUUGGGCAGGGACGUUGCAUUGGCGAUAUCUGCGAUUUACUUCCGAUGGAUUAGCUUGCCGCCACCGAAGACGAUGGCAAGGUAUUGGGACUUUAGUUUGCCGAGCGCGGAGGUUCAUCCCACUGAAAUCUCGAAGAUCAACACGUUUCUACAGUUGUUGCUUGUCGGAAAUGCAAUGUUGUUGCCCGUGUUGCCUGUGGGGUUGGUCGACGCAUGGAAUCUCUGGGGCGUGAUGGAGGGGUGGUACUAUCUUGUGGGUGGGACGACCAUCUGGAGCGGCCUGAGUUAUAUUGGAAACAAGGAGGCGGUGAAGAUCUUGACGCAAGAACAAGCGGAGGAGAAGAAGGAGCAGCAAGGGCAAUAA